AUGGCUAGUGAGAGUGCUGAUGACAUUAAUGUUGCUGUCGCUCUUAGCACUGCUCUCCUUCUUCCAAAUGACUUGGAGCGAAAUGCCAAGUUUAGUGAGUAUGAAAAUUACGCCCUUGUGCUCCAACACUCUGCCCAAAGGGAAACAUCUUCACUGAAGAGAGAGAUAAGGGCCCUUGAAGCAAAGAUGAAAAAACUGGAGGAUCAGGCCGAGGCUGCAACGAAGAACCAUACCCUAGCUCUAGAAAAGGCCGAGGCUGCUGAAGUCGUUAAAAAAGUAGCUGAAGCCGAGAAAAGGGAGGCCGAAGCUCAGAAGGUCCAGGCACAAAAAGAACUUCAACAAGCUCUGGCCACUAAGGAGGCCGAAGUGAAAGAGGCCGAUGAAAAGGCCUAUGCUCAAGGCAUGGCCGAUGUUGCAGAAGACUACAAGCUUCAAGCCGACGCUAUUCCUCUACCAUUUCCUCCACCUCCUCCUGAAGGUGACUCAGAGUCUGAGGCCGAUGCUGUGGACGAAGAUGAAGAAAAAGAUGAUGGUGAUGCCUUGGUGAGAAAACCCAAGGAUGCUGUCGAAACCAAGUCCCCUCCUCCUGCUGAGCAGGUUAUGGACUUGACUUUGGAUGAGGAGGGUGAUGAGGUUGAGGGGGUACCCAGGGAGUCUGCCACUGGGCAACUAUCAUCCAAUCUUCCUCUGGCAGAAAGAAGUGUUGAGUCCACAGUUGCUGAGAUCGAUGCCGAGAUACAAGCCGAAAAGGCGGCCGAGGAGAUUCCUCCUGAAUCGUCCGAGGUCCCAGUUCCCGCUGUUGCUGAUGCACAAGAGUCUUGA